AUGGUGACCCCCUGCCCCACCAGCCCCGUGAGCCCCGCCGCCCGGGCUGGGAGGCGGGACGACCAGAACCUCCGUGCCCCGGUGAAGAAGAGCAGGCGCCCACGCCUCCGGAGGAAGCAGCCGCUGCAGCCGCUGAACCCAUGCCCGCUACCCGGAGACUCUGGCGUCUGCGACCUGUUCGAGUCCCCCAGCUCCGGCUCGGAUGGCGCAGACAGCCCCGCGGCGCGAGGCUGCAGCCCCCUACCCGGUCCUGCCCAGCAGCUGGUGCAGCUAGAUCUACAGACCUUCCGCGACUACGGUCAGAGCUGCUACGCCUUCCGCAAGGCGCGGGAAAGCCACUACCACCCGCGGGAGUCAUUGGCGCGGCAGCCACAAGUAACGGCGGAAUCCCGCUGUAAGCUGCUCAGCUGGCUAAUCCCCGUGCACCGCCAGUUCGGCCUCUCCUUCGAGUCGCUGUGCCUGACGGUGAACACUCUGGACCGCUUCCUUAUCACCACGCCUGUGGCUGCAGACUGCUUCCAGCUGCUCGGGGUCACGUCCCUGCUCAUCGCUUGCAAACAGGUGGAGGUGCACCCGCCGCGCGUGAAGCAGCUCCUGGCCCUGUGCUGCGGCGCCUUCUCCCGGCAGCAGCUCUGCAACCUCGAGUGCAUCGUGCUGCACAAACUGCACUUCAGCCUGGGCGCGCCGACCAUCAGCUUCUUCCUGGAGCAUUUCACGCACGCACGCGUGGAGGCCGGGCAGGCAGAGGUCUCCGAAGCCCUGGAAGCGCAAGCCCUGGCGCGAGGGGUGGCGGAGCUGAGCCUGGCUGACUACGCUUUCACCAGCUACACCCCCUCCCUGCUGGCCAUCUGUUGCCUGGCGCUGGCAGACCGUAUGCUGCAGUUCCCUCGCCCGAUGGACUUGCGCCUGGGCGGGCACCCCGAGGCGGCGCUGCAGGACUGCCUGGGCAAGCUGCAGCUACUGGUGGCCAUAAACAGAACGUCCCUGACUCACAUAGUGCCCCUCCAGAUCUGCGAGAAGUGCAGCCUGUCCCCGAGCUUGAAAUGAAGUAGACCCUUGGUCUCCUUUGAUCCCCUGGCCUGGCUGCUGGACCUCUCCCAUUGCUUUGAAAGAAUGCAGUAUUGGCCCACGGAGAGGGGUUCAGGCCUCCCACUUGAUCACCAGCUCAUCCUGCAGGUUGUAAAUAGUGUACGAUUGUAGCGUUUCAUUGUUUAUUUAUUUUGCUAACAGCGCACGAGAGAAGACACGAGUCUUUCCCCAGUAAACAGGCUGUCUGCGGUGGUUUGUCUGAAUACUACCAAUGCGAGCGUUUGUCCACGAAGAGGGAAGGUGAAGGCCAUCCGGGAAUAGAGGCGGUCAGUAACCAUGGAGGGCUCCUCCCUCCCCCCAGGCAUCUCUGUU